AUGCCUCCUCCGCCGGGCGAUUGCUCUUUCACCCCGUCGGAGCUCCUCUCCUUCCUCCGUCUUAAGAUCGCCGGCGAGCCCCUCCCUGCCACCGCCGCGGCACAUUUCCACGACGCCGACAUCUACACCGCCGACCCGGCCCUGCUCGCGACGCUCUUCGAUCCGGCUCCGGAGAAGAAAGGGGAGAGCGGCUCGUGGUUCUUCUUCACCCACGUGAGGCCCAAGAGCAGCACCGACAGCCGCAAGUCGCGACAGGUUGCCGGUGGAGUGGGCACGUGGCACUCCGAGCGCGCCCCCCGCCGCGUGCUCGACGACGAGGGCAAUUGCGCCGGACACAGCCAGUAUUUCUCCUACAAGCUUAAGAUCGGGAAGAACUGCAGCGAGAGGACCGAGUGGUACAUGUUGGAGUUCAGCGACGGCCAAGAAGCCGAUCACGAGCGCGUCCACGGCGGCGAGCCCCAGCUGGUUCUUUGCAACAUCUACAAGGCGCAUACCCAUUCGCGCAGCAGCUACGGAUCCACGUCGACACCGUCAUACUCUGCAUCACCGCGCAAGAGGAAGGCUGUCGGUGAGGCCUCUGCUCCCCCCGUCAAGGCAAAGCGGCAGCUUUUCGAUUCCUCUGCGCCAGCUUCAGCGGCCAGGUCGCAAGAACAGGUCAGGUCUACAACGCCAUCGAAUCUGAUGUGUCAGAGGAAGAUCGGUGACACAUUAGACUGCAUUGCGCUGAUGACCAAGGCAAACGGCGAGGCAACAACGUCGCAGUUGAAGAUCGGUGAUAAAUCAGUUUUUUCAAGAUUUUGGCCUGAACCAGAGAAGUCGACAUCAGACUGCAUUGCGCUGAUGUCCAAGGCAGACGGCGAGGCAACAACGUCGCAGUUGAAGAUCGGCGAUACACCAGAUUUUUCAAGAUUUUGGCCUGAACCAGAGAAGUCGUUCGACUGGGGCUACACGACGACCGGCGGCGCUCUUCCUACGCUCGAGAACUGCUCCCGGACAAAUGUCAGGGACGUCGGCGAUGUGUUCUGCGGGCAGGAUACUUGGCCCUCUGCUUUCCAUAGCAGUAAUGACACCACGACGUUCGUGUGCGGGGAGACAAAUCCGUUGAGUUGGGCAAUGAGGAUGAGGGCUGAGCUUUAUGUGGCACAGACAUUGGAGUGCUGCAGUAGCAAAGGGAGGGCACUCAAUCAUGACCUGCAUGCAUACAGGGUCGUCUUUGAUGUGGAUGGUAACCCAAGACUGUCAUGUUUUGGUCUGACGAAGAACAGCCGGGAUGGAAAGAGCUACAGUACUAAUUUGGCCUUCACGCCUCCUGAGGAUCUUAAGACAGGUAGAGACGAAGUGGAGACCUUCACCGCCAGUGUCAACAGCAUGAAGGACGCCAACAUGCUCCUCCCCUUCCUCCCUAUCCACAGACCAUCCCCUCCCUGA